GCCGAGACCAAUUUCAAGCGAGAAAAGCAGCAGGAUUCAUGGCGGUGCCGUCGUGAAUCUCCGACACAGACAAACUGAUAAAGUCACCACCCCGUAAUCAGAAACCGUUAGAAUCAUCAGUUAGUUUCUGAUCGACCUAAGAGAUGGACGACGAGGCAGAAAUAUACGACGGUGUCAGAGCUCAAUUCCCUCUCACUUUCGGCAAACAAUCCAAGUCCGAAACCCCUCUCGAACUCAUCCACAACGCCACUCGCCGCCCCGCCGCUGCCGCCGGAAAAUCCUCCUCCAUCAAGCCCAAUGACCUCCCUUCUAUCUCCUCCUCCUCCAAGGCCUGGCUCGACUCUCUCCGUAACACGAAAACCCCCAACUCUAAUCCUAAUUUCCCCCGCGACGACGUCGACUCUCCCACUGUCGGGUCGCCUCGGCCGACGGAUGAGGCUGACGACGGCGGUGCAAUGAUAGGGCCGACUCGGCCGCCGCCGGGGCAAGGUUCCGGCGAGGAUGGGGAUGACGAUGCCGUGAUCGGACCGCCACCACCCCCGCCGGGCUGGGCUCAGAGCGAUGAUGAAGACGAGAUGAUCGGACCUCCGAGACGGCCCCCGGGGUCGGAUGAGGAUAAUGAGGAUGCAGAUAAUGAUGAAGAGGAGAAUCGUUAUCGAAUCCCGACGAGCAACGAGAUUGUCCUCAAGGGCCACACGAAGGUUGUUUCUGCUCUUGCCAUUGAUCACACUGGGUCUAGAGUACUUUCUGGUAGUUAUGACUAUUCAGUGCGUAUGUAUGACUUUCAAGGGAUGAAUUCUCGUUUGCAAUCGUUUAGACAGCUGGAACCAUUUGAAGGUCAUCAAGUUCGUAACUUGAGCUGGAGUCCGACAGCAGAUCGUUUUUUGUGUGUGACUGGCUCAGCUCAGGCUAAGAUUUAUGACCGAGAUGGGCUUACUCUGGGCGAGUUCAUGAAGGGCGAUAUGUAUAUCCGUGAUCUGAAGAAUACCAAGGGCCACAUAUCUGGAUUGACUUGGGGAGAGUGGCACCCUAGAGCUAAGGAGACGGUAUUGACCUCCUCUGAGGAUGGAUCAUUGCGCAUAUGGGAUGUAAAUGACUUCAAAAGUCAGAAACAGGUCAUCAAACCAAAACUAGCGAGGCCUGCAAGAGUUCCAGUUACCACGUGCACUUGGGAUCGUGAAGGAAAAUGCAUUGCUGGUGGUAUAGGAGAUGGUUCUAUACAGAUAUGGAACCUCAAGCCUGGAUGGGGGAGUCGGCCAGACAUAUACGUUGAGAAGAGCCAUUCAGAUGACAUUACAGGGCUUAAGUUUUCUGCUGAUGGGAAAAUAUUACUAUCAAGAAGCUUUGAUGGGACGUUGAAGGUUUGGGAUCUCCGCCAGAUGAAAGCACCUGUUAAAAUUUUUGAGGAUCUCUUUAACCACUAUGCUCAAACGAAUAUCGCUUUUAGUCCUGAUGAGCAACUUUUCUUGACUGGAACAUCUGUUGAAAGGGAGAGCACUACUGGAGGUUUGCUUUGCUUUUUCGAUCGAGCAAAACUUGAACUUGUUUCAAGAGUUGGGAUAUCCCCAACUUGCAGCGUUGUACAGUGUGCUUGGCACCCAAGGCUGAAUCAGAUCUUUGCGACAUCUGGAGAUAAAAGCCAAGGUGGAACUCACAUAUUAUAUGAUCCAACCCUCAGUGAAAGAGGAGCUCUUGUUUGUGUUGCACGUGCACCAAGGAAGAAAUCCGUGGAUGAUUUCGAGGCAAAACCAGUCAUACACAACCCUCAUGCUCUGCCCUUAUUUAGAGAUCAACCGAGCCGCAAGCGUCAGCGAGAUAAGAUAUUGAAAGACCCUCUGAAGGCCCACAAACCUGACCUCCCCAUGACAGGACCUGGCUUUGGUGGAAGGGUUGGCACAACUCAAGGAAGCUUAUUAACCCAGUACCUCCUCAAGCAAGGAGGUAUGAUCAAGGAGACAUGGAUGGAGGAAGAUCCAAGAGAAGCUAUACUCAAGUAUGCUGACGUUGCAGCAAAGGAUCCCAAGUUCAUUGCCCCAGCAUAUUCAGCCACUCAGCCAGAGCCAGUUUUCGCAAAGUCAGAUUCGGAGGAUGAAGAGAAAUGAUCUGAUUGCUCUGCUUAUGGUUCUCCACAGCAAGUAUGAAGGCCUAUGCCUGAGACAGAGGACGAAGCUGCAAGUGUUAUUUGGCAUUGGUACUUUCCAGUUUCCCGGGGUGAAAAGAAGGAAAAAAUCCACCUUCUGUAGGAAUGGCGUGUGGCAAUUUCCAGAAUAGCAGCAUGCGGUGGCGGAAUUAGGAAAUUUUUUCGGGGGAGGAGGAAUUUUAGACUAAAGUACAACUAUAUUUUUGUAACUAGCUUUACAAUACCCAAAUUGUAGACUUGUAUAAUACUACUUCCAUUUAUUUUUUUGUUUAUUUGGCAUUUUAAAUUUGAAAUAGGAAUACUUAAUAUUUGGGGUGUCAUAGAGAAGUUUUAAGAAAAUGUCUUCUACAUGUCAUGCGAAAGAGCAACAGCAACCUGUACAAGUUUUACAACGCCAAAAAAU